CGCAGCUCUAUGACGCAGUGGUGGUUGCUUUCCGAGGCAGCAUGGACGUCACCAAUUGGCUGGACAACCUCACGUUCCUUAAGAGACGCACCUACGCGCAGUUCCCCAGUGUGAAGGUGCACCAGGGUUUCUAUUGGGCCUAUCGAUCCGUCGCUCCACAAGUCGUGGACACGCUUCACAAGCUGCGGAAGGAACAUCCACAUGCAUCACUGAUGGUCACAGGCCACUCGUUGGGAGGAGCUGUCGCCGCGAUCUGCGCCUUUGAGCUCGAAUACAUAGAACAUAUAUCUGUGAAUGCGUUGUACACCUUUGGGAAACCUCGAGUGGGCAAUACAAAUUUUAGUGGGAGGCUACGCAACGCCAGUAUGGAAGUGUAUCGCGUGACGCAUUUUCAAGAUGCAGUGCCGCACCUCCCGCCAACGUGGACAGGGUUUGAACACACGUCAGAAGAGAUUUUCUACGACGAGUUCUCGGCCAGCUAUCGCAACUGCAGUCAGACGGAUGGCGAAGACCCGACGUGCUCCAAUACGUGCUCACCAUUCCGCUGCACCAGCAUCGUCGACCACCUCACGUACUUAAACAUUACCAUGAGCCAUCUUAUCUGCUAA